AUGAUUCAUUCAUCGGUAGUGCAAGUUCUUGUUGAAAAUGGUACAUUUCAUCGGUUCAUUCUUAGGUUCGAUCAAGUAAACGCUGUUCACCACUGUGAUUCACGCUGUCAUGAAAAUCUUGUAAGAUUCUAUCUUGUUCAGAUUAUGUCCGAUAAUGCUCUAAGCCAUUUGGAAAAGUGCCGCAAAAUUAGACAACGUUACUUCGCUGAAGAUGAAGAUCAUAUCGAUAUAGCACAAACAUGUAUUCUUAUUGGUGAUGCUUAUAAAAUGCUUGAUCAAUCAAAGAUACAAAACGAAUGUUUUUCUUCAACUUAUUCAAUUAUCAUUGAAACUGAACAAGCUAUUGGGAUACUCAUGAAAAGAGUGAACACAUAA